CUUAUUUUCAUAUCUUUAACCAAUGAUCCAAUAUAUGUCAUAUAUAUUGAUAUUUUUUAUCAUUUCAGUGUUCACGUGACUGAGUUUUUUGAAAAAGUUGAUAAUAAAACUCUAAUAUCCACAAUUACCGGCUUUUCAAAUUAUUCAAUUGCAUUUAAGAUUAGUUCAUAUAUAUUCCUACUAGUGAAAACCAAUUGAUCUAUAAUGCCAAUUAACUUCUUUAGAGGUCACCCUACUAGAUCUUUACUUCCUGCUGAGAAGAUCGCUAAGGCUUAUAAUCAUGUCUUAUUAGAUAGUGAUUAUUUAGCCUAUGAAACAGAUCCACUUAAUCAACAUCCUUUACAAUAUGGUACCGAUCCUGGGAAUUUCGAAGUUAGGAAAACUAUUGCCGAAUGGACCGAUAAGAGAUUCGGCAGGUCAAAUACUAAUCCUGAUAAUCUUAAUUUAACGGCUGGUGCAUCAUAUGGAGUUGCAAACAUUCUUACAUCAGUUACUGAUUCUUCAUCAAUUACCAAACAAGCAUUCAUUGUUACGCCUACGUAUUAUUUAAUCACCAGUAGUUUCCUCGAUAAUGGGUUCGAAGGCAAAUUAACUGCUAUUGAUGAAACUCCGGGGGAUGAAUAUGAAAUUGAUCUUAAAACUUUAGAAGAAAAGUUGAUAUUUUAUAGUAAAGGAUUAGAAACAACUGAACAUAAAGAAAUCAAUGUCAUAAAAGAUCCAGUUAGAGGAGAUAGAAAAUUAUACAGAUUUGUCAUUUAUAUUGUUCCAACUUUUUCAAAUCCAGGUGGCCUUAGUUAUUCAGAAAAGACAAGAACUAAAUUAAUUGAAAUCGCCAGAAAAUACGAUUUAUUAAUCAUAAGUGAUGAUGUAUAUGAAUUCUUAGAUUAUACUGAUAAUAAAUAUCCUAUUCCAAGAUUGGUUCAUAUUGAUCGUGAUUCAUUACCAAGUUCAAAUACUUAUGGUAAUAGUAUUUCCAAUGGUACAUUUUCCAAAAUUAUUGCUCCUGGUUUAAGAGUUGGUUGGCAAGAACUGACCACCCCAAAAUUAUCAGAACAAUUGGCCAUUACUGGUGCAAAUAGAUCAGGAGGUACUCCGGGACAAUUGGCUUCUUUAGUGGUUAAUUAUUUGAUUACUAGUGGAGAGUUAGAUACUAUCAUUGAGCAAUUUAAAAAGGUUUAUAAAUCAAGAGCAAAUGUUAUAAAGAAAAGUAUUGCUACAUAUCUUCCCUCAUCAACCAAAGUCUUUGGUGGUGAUGGUGGAUAUUUCUUAUGGGUUGAAAUUCCUGGUGAACAAGAUCAUAAUGCAAUCGUUAAGGAAUUAUCCCAACAAGGGGUAAUACUUGCAGGAGGAGAUAACUUCGAAGUUGCUGGUGAUACAAGAGGUUGGGGAAAAACAAGUGUUAGACUUUCACUUAGUUAUCUUCCAGAAGAAGAUUUAGAAGAAGGUAUAAAGGCUUGGGGUAAAGUUUUAAAAGAAAAACAUCCUAACAUUUUCGCUAAUUAGUUAGUUAGUAUAAAAAUAUUCCAAAAAGAUAUUAGACUAUCAUUUUAAUAUAUUCAAAUAAUUUCUUAAACGUGAUUAUUUCUAUUAAUUUCAGCGUAGAUCUUGGUGUAAACUUUUUUGUCUUCUCAUAAAAUAUCGAUUUAGGCGAAGUCUUAUCAUCUUCUAAACAGAAAACCACAAAAAUUACUUGAAUAUUUCAAUGAUAUAAUUCAUUAGUUAAAAAAAACAUACUCA